AUGAUGUCUCACAUAAAGACAGAAGAGGAAUUGGACUCAUUUAAUAAAAGUAUAAAUGACUUUUGGAACAAAUUCCGAAAUACUACACUCAAUGAACACUGUAGUCAAAUGGUGGGGCUGAGAGAUACUUAUAAAGGCUCCAUUGAAGCACUGGCAGAAAGAUUAUCCACAAAGAUAAAAGAAGAAGAUCGAAUGAUUGAGACUUUUCUGGAAUUCAGGAAUAUGAUCCACAUCCAGAAUAAACUUAUUCAAGAAAAACAAGAUAACUUAUUAAAACUGGUUGACGGUAUACAAGACAAAGAAAGAGAAAUGGAAAAGCUGACAGAAAGGAUACAAGAUCUUAAAGAAUCAUUGGAUAAGAAAAAAGAAAUUAUUUCUGCUGCUAACAAAGCCAAUAAGGAAAGGUUGAAAAUGCUUCAGAAAUCUUAUGAUUUAUAUAAAGAUCAACUUGGACUAGAAAUUCGAAAAAUUUAUGGUGGAAAACUUCAAUUUAUAUUCCGAUGUAUUGACCCUAAAGCCCCUGAGAAACCAUUCACCUUUAUCCUGCGCAUAAAUGAAGAAGGGGAUUAUGAAGUAUCAGAUAGUGCUCCUCAUCUGGAAUGCUUGGCUGAAUUUCAAGAGAAAGUAAGGAAGACCAACAAUUUUUCAGCUUUUCUUGCCAAUGUUCGGAAAGCUUUUAUUGCUUUGGUCUGUAAUGAAUGUGUAAAUACUGUGUAA